GGCCCUCCAAAGUUCUCAAAAUUUUAGUAGCGGGUCAACAAUAAAAUUUUUUUCGCCUUCACCACCAAAAUUCGGACCGGAAAUAAUUUUCCCCCUUGCCUCCCCUAAUUCUAAAAUUUUUCCCGGCUACGGACCUUAAACCAACGAGCGUAUAUUUAUUUUCUUGGUUUUUCCUAUUCUUCUAAAUACCCUUCCCAAUAAGUUUUUACUUCACUUUCUUAAAAAAACAAUUUAUAAUUUCUUCUCUAUUCUCUCGCAUAUUUCUUUAUUUGAACAUCUUUUGACUAACCUUUAAAAAAAUUUUUUUAAUUUUUAAGGUGGUUUGUUGCGUGAAUGGUAUCAAGUGAUAACUCGUGAAAUUUUUAAUCCAAAUUAUGCAUUGUUUAUUAAUGCUCCAGGCGAUAGAGUGACUUAUAUGAUUAAUAAAUCUUCUUAUGUUAAUCCUGAACAUUUGGACUAUUUUAAGUUUGUUGGACGUUUAAUUGCUAAAGCAAUAUAUGACAAUAAACAAUUGGAUUGUUAUUUUACAAGAGCUUUCUACAAACAUAUUUUGAAUAUUCACGUUAAAUAUCAGGAUAUUGAAAGUGAAGACCCCGAAAUCUUUAAAUCCUUAGAAUUUCUUUUAAACAAUUCUAUCGAAGCUUUGGGUUAUGAUUUAAUGUUUUGUGUAGAAGUUGAAGAAUUUGGUGUCCGUUCGUCACGUCAGCUUAAAGAUAAUGGUUCUAAACUUUUGGUAACAGAUGCGAAUAAACAAGAAUAUGUUCAUUUAAUGUGUCAAAUGAAAAUGACAGGUUCUAUUCGUCAACAACUUAAUGCCUUUUUGGAAGGAUUUUAUGAAUUAAUUCCCCGAAAUCUUAUUUCAAUAUUUAAUGAACAAGAAUUAGAAUUGCUGAUUUCUGGACUUCCUGAAAUUGAUGUAGAUGAUUUAUGUGUAAAUACUGAAUAUAAAAAUUAUACUAGAACAAGUCAACAAAUUCAAUGGUUUUGGCGAGCCUUACGCUCAUUUGACCAAGAAGACAAAGCCAAAUUUCUUCAAUUUGUCACUGGAACAUCAAAAGUACCUCUUCAAGGAUUUGCUCAUUUGGAAGGGAUGAAUGGGACUCAGAAAUUUACAAUUCAAAAAGACACCCGUUCCCAAGACCGUCUUCCUUCCGCGCACACGUGUUUUAAUCAAUUGGAUUUACCCGAAUAUCCAAACUAUGAGACACUUCAAAAAAUGUUAUUGUUGGCUUGUAGAGAAUGUUCUGAGGGUUUUGCUUUUGCUUGAAUUAUGUGGUAAAUGUUGACAGAUUUACAUGAAAAACACAAAAUUUUUUAAAAUUAUUUCUCCCUAUUUUAAUUUAAAAAAAUUUUCAGAAAAUUUUUUUUUCAAAAAUAAUUUAUUUGUAACAAUUAGGAUUGAAAAAUAUAAAUUGUGUUGAACAAGUUAACAAAGGACAACAACGAAAUAACAAAAUUUUAAACUCAUAACUAGGG